CGAAUCCACGCUCGAAGCUAGUUUGGUUCAUGGACAUGAAUUGAAAUAAAAUGAGGUUAGGAAUCAACGAGGACAAUUGAUAACACAUGGUGCUGAAGAUAUAGCAUGUAAAAUUUCGAUAUAUUCUACAUAAUAAUGGCCCGCUAUAGUGACGAGAGUUCGGAAAAUGAAAGUUUAUUUAAGAAAAAAAAUAAUUCAUCUCCGAUUAAAUCUGUGAAAUAUCAACGAAAUACAAAGAAAUCUGAAAAUACAGUAGCCAAUAACAAGCGUGGUAUUGUUGUCAACGAGAAACCGCAAGUAAAAUCUGCUAUCAAACAAUCCCCAAUUAGUUUUAGGAGUAAAAAGAAAAUAAACGAACUUAGCAGGUUGGGGGAUCGAGAUUUGAAAGAGGUCGGAGAAAAUCUUAGUAUUGAAAGUCAGCACUCUUCCAAUGAUGAGCACCUCAAUAAACCGCAUACUACCAAUCGCAUCAAGGUAGAACGCUUUUCAUCAGACUCUGAAAGUAGCGAUGGAAAUCCAAUUUUUCGCAGGGCAUCUGGGAGAUCAAAACUUGCAUUUGGCGAUAGUAAUGAUGAAGCAGCAGACGCCAAGAAUUAUGAACAUAUUUUGCAUGCACAUGAUUCUGAUGAUGAGACGUUCGGUAAUUCGACGAUUACAGCUGCAAUUAAAGAAGAAUUUAUUAGAAAGCCUACCAAACUUUCCGGAGUUCGUAUUAAAAAAGAAAUAGGAUCCGAAAAUGAAGAAGAAGCAUCGGAUCGCACGGAGCCUAGUAAAUGUAAGAAAAAUGAAAAUAUUAGUCAGCACACAAUGUCUCCAAGUUUUAGAAGUGAUAAUGAGGAGAAUCAGCAACCCCAAGGUAGUAGUAGUGGGUCUGAUGGUGAAAUACCACCAUCACAAUUUUGGCUACAUCACUAUAAGAAUGCAGAACUAAAUAUUGACAAAGCAUCUAGCAACAUUUCUAAGAAGCUUUCACCAAUUAAGAAUCUGCACUCCGAGGGUGGAAGCACACCAGCAAAAAAGCCAUUGAUAAAUUCUCCACCACCCCUGAAAAAAGAAUCUCACAGAAAAUCACCACCUAGAAUUAUGAAGACAGAAAUUAUUAGUAAAAAAUAUAAAAGGAUUAAUCAAAAGACAUUGAAAAAUGAAAUUGAAUCUUCCCAUGAAAAAAAAAGCAUGAAUAAUACUAGUACAGCUGAAAAAACAAAUUCAGAACUCAAAACUUCGAAAACAAAUAGCUGGGAUACGUAUUACUCUCAGGGGAGUUCAAACAAUGAAGAUAAUUUGGAUAGCAGUGGUGAUGAACUGAGAAAAAAAUUGAAAUCACAUAGCGUGAAUCAAGGUUCUGAAAUAUCGCAAACUCAGCCAAAACAGAUAUUGGCUACGGAACGUAAAAUAUUGGACGGUACUUUCAGCAAUAAUACAGCACAGAUAGAAUUAGCUUCUGCCAAUAAGAGUAAAAAUUAUAAAAAUUCACAAGAUUCAUCAAAACAGAAGACUGCUGAAAAGUCUGUGACUGGCUUUGAUUCUACCAUUGAGACUCAGAGUCCUGAAAAGCCACAAACUGUUUCGGGUGACGGUCCCAGAGAUAAUAAAAUGUCAGCGAACUUGGACCCUUUCAAUAAGAGCAAGAUGGCCAAGAAAUCGCAAUGCUCACCGAAGCAGAAGUUAUCUGCAAAGCUCGAGCUAUCUGACCACAAUUCCAGCCAUAGUAAAGUACAGAGUAAAUUCGACUCUACAGUUGAGAUUCAGAGUCCAGAAAAAAUACAGAAUACGCAAAAACCCAAAUGGGCUGCAAAGCAUAAACUAUUAGAUAACGAUUCCAUAAGUGAGCCAAAUGUAAAGGUGCAGAAAAAAACUGCUACGAAUCAGGAUUUAAGAAAAAAGCUUACUGAUGAACCUUCAGCAAUGACUUCAGAACUAUCCAGUGAUGGUAGUUCCAACGAGAAAGUGGAUUUACAAAAAACAGCACCAUCUAAAAAUAUUGUAUUAUCUCUCAAAAGGCCCAAUAACGUAAGUGCGUUUGGUUCAAAAUUCGAUAACAAGCAAAUGAUUCUUGAAUUCAAAAGUAAAAACGAAAACUUAGAAACUGAUACCUCUAACAACGAGGCAUCAAAUGCUUUAUCACCUGUCAAAAAUCAAUCAACUUCCAACAAAUUCUCCACUUCAAACCAGGCCUAUUCUGAUGAUGAAGAUCCAUUUGAAGAGAGCUUUAGCAACAAUAUGCUUGCACUAACAGACAAUGUACUACACAAAAAAAAAUCCAGGGGUAUCAGGGAUAGUUCAAACGAGACAGACUCUUCUGUUGCAAAAACUUGCACAAAUGAUGAACGUGAAACUGAGCAAGAUGAUCAAAUUUCUAGAUUGGUAUCUGUACCUUCACCUGAGAAAUCUGGAUCGUGUGAUGGCUUACAAAAUAAAGAAGUAUCGUCACCCCGUGAAGUCAAAGCGCCUCUUAAGAGAAAACGUUCAGUAGCUAAUACUGAUAUGCCAGUAUCAAAGAAACGUGCAAAACUAACAUCUUCAGUAACAAAAAAAUUGACCCAAACUAUAUCAGAUUCAGAUGACACAGAUUAUUUAACUCAAUUAAAUACAACACUGAAUAAAUCAAUGGCUCUCAUGGAAAACAGAGCAGAAGCUGUAAAAUCAAGUAGAGGCAGAAAAUCGGUGUCAAUAAACACAAACCAUGCAUCAGCACAUAAAUCAAAUAAUACCAAAACGCAAAAGAGUAUUCUGAAGAAGCCCGAGUACCUCACCAGUGGCAAAAAUGAAGAAAAUGUCAGCGAUACUCAAAAGCAGAAUCUUGAACAAAAUGACCAACCCAUUGAAACUCAACAAGAAACCAUCGAACGACCAUCGAACCUACCAGACUUCAAACAACACGAAAGUUUGAUCGAAGAUUAUAGCCAAGUCAGUUUUGCACUCAAUGACAUAUCUGAUGACGAUGAAAUUUUCAUUAUGGAUGUUCCCACAACGGUGGACCCGAAAGAGUUGAAAGGCCAAAAAAUUAGACUGAGGGGCAAGAACAAAUUUCAAAUUGCAAAUCAAAUUUAUGAAACAUAUGAAGAGGAUCCUACAAAUAUAUCUUGUGUCUUCAGGAUUGACGGAGAGCAGUGCUCCUAUAAAGCUGUAAACUUGACACCAGUUGGAUGUAUGAGAGUUCGUCAGAAACUACCAAAGUCUUUACACAUCGAAAUGGCUUCUGUUGAAAAAAUUACUGUGCCAUUUCCUGAAAACCUGAAAGUCAGGCACCCCUUAUUUGGUGUGGCUUACGAAGACAGAAUUAGUACCGGACACAACAAAAUAUUGAACAAUACUGGAACUUUGAAAGCAAAAUCAGAAGUAAAGUUGAGGACAAGUAAGAAAACAAACAAUGUUUCUGAAGAAAGGCCUUCCAGUAAAAUAGAAAAACGCUCUAUGAAAACAAAGAAUGUUCAAAUGUACGAAAAUAAGCAAAGUAAUUUAUCUCAGACUCUUGAUGAAAGUAAUUCUGAACACAAUGUAGAAAGGACAGUACAACGUAAUAGUAAUUACUCUGUAUCUAGUGAUUCCGAUACCAAUGAGAGUUUCUUUCAUUUCGUGAAACAUAAGGGGAUAGGGAAACGUGAGAAGAGUAAAAAUUCGCCUAAAAAUUUGAAUACUUCAAAUGUUGACGAAACAUCUCUAUUCACCAGUUCGACUUGUCUCACAGAAAAACCAAUCCUCACUAGUCAGCAACAAAAACUAUCAGCAGUUAAAAAUUUAGGAUUAUCACUGAACUCAUCUACCACGAAACUUGAAAAUUUUGACAAGGUUUCGGAAGACAGUAAAUUCUUUAGUUCAACUCCAAUUAAAGUAGAUACAGAUCAGAAGAGGAAAGAAAUUUUUUCUACUAAAGUUGGAAAGAAGAAGAACCGUGGCAAAAACAUAAAGGAAAAAGACUUACCACAGAAGUUUGUGACUAAUUAGAUCGUGUCUAUUCUUGGAAUAAAGAAAAGUUGUCAAACGAAGCUGAUAAAAAUGUACGUAUGAAGAUUGAUGUUAUGAAAAAAUAAAGCAACAAAAGCAUACAACAAUCAAGUGCUUUGGAAUUUUUCAAUCGUGAAAGUAAUAAGAUUCUGUACAUGGUCAAGCAGAGUAGAAAUAUUGUAUAAAUAAUAAAGUGCACAUAUGCUGAGGUUAAAUGAUUAUCCAUUGCUCAAUCAUUAUACAAACAUUAGCCAUUUCAAAAUAAUAUCAUUACCUAGUACUAGUAAGGAAUUGAUAUUACAUCCGAAUCCAGGUACUGAAUAAGCUACCCAAAUCCUGCCUACCAAUGAGUAUAUAAUUCUUGUCUUCGCAACUGAACAAAUCAUUGUACCUAUACGUAUGAGUAAAAAAGAAACUCAAGGAAGCUUUUAGUUAUCAAGUUACUCGUUGAAUGAGUAACCUUGACGUGACAUUUUUAUA